AUGGCCGUGUUCAACCCUCUGACCGAGAUACUGGAGUUUGUCCCCACCAGCUCUUUCCAAGCAGUUCAGCCGAACGCCGUCUGGAACGCAACACCGGCUAUGAUCACAAUCGCUUUCGUGGACUUCCUUUCCGAUCUCCCCGGAAUCCCGUUGAUUCGUACAAUCGCACAAAUAGACCGUCUUCAGGCCAAUUGA